CAUGAUAAGCAAAUAAAUCAACCGACGUCCUUCAAAUCAAAAUAAUUAAUUCCUAAAUGCAUGGUUUCGAUUGCAUCGAGAGCAUUUAUAUAAUAAUGCAAUAGACCGUUCGCGAAUUUAUUCGCAUUCGAUUAUUGGCGUCGAUAAGAAUAAUUUAGCCAUGUUAGUGACAAACAGCAUUCUCCUGGACAUUCCUCUAUUCCUACUAGCCCUAUUACUCCUCCUAUACGCGUACCUAUCGAGGAACUUCAAGUACUGGAAACGCCGCGGAAUCCCGUUCUUCCAACCCAACAUCCUAGUAGGAAACUUCAUCGACGUGCUGAAAUUCGAAAAAUGCCCCGGCGAGCAAGUGGCGGACUUUUACCGGCGCUGCGACGGGCCCUACGUGGGCGUCUUCCUCGUCGACAAGCCCGUGCUGCUCGUCAAAGACCUGGAGCUGGCGCGGAACGUCCUCGUCAGGGACUUCCACCAUUUCACCGACAACGCCUUCGCCCGGAGGCCGGGCGACAUCAGCACUUUCAUGCUGCCCUUCAUGCGGGGCGACGACUGGAGGAUGUACAAGAAAUUCAACACGCCCGCCUUCAGCCGCUCGGCCGUUAAAUCGAUGUAUUUCGCGUCCAUGAUCGCCGCUGGCGAGGAAUUAACCGAGUACAUAGACAACCGGCUGGCGGAUUCUAGUUCCAAAGGUUUGAUCAACUGCAAGAAAUUAGGGGAGAUGUUCUCCGUGGAUUCGGUCGUUUCGUCGGUGUUCGGCGUAAAAGCCAACGCUUUCAGAGAGGAGAAUUCGAUAUUUCGCAAAAUGGCGCGCGGCAUGUUCGAUUACGCGGACUUGAAGAGGAACUUCUCGAUAUCGGCGUACAUUCUGUACCCGAAGCUUGUGGACUGGUUGGGAUUGAAUCUCAUCGAUCCGGCGGCGGAGAAAUUAUUCAAAAAAGAAUUUUUCGAAAUCGUCAGGCAAAAAACUAACGGGGAAUCCAACGGCGACGGUUUGAUCGAUUUGCUGAUGAAAUGGAGGAGAGAUCCCUCGUUUAGAGAACAAUACGUUGAUUUGGACGACGACAAAAUGGUGGCGCAAGCUAUAACGUUUUUCCUGGCCGCCUUCGAAGGCACCACCAGCGUCAUAAGCUUCGCAUUGUACGAAAUGGCCAAAAACCCGUCGAUUCAAGAAAGAUUGCGACUAGAAAUAUCACAAAUCCCACCAGAUCAAAACCUCUUCGACUACAUAUCGGACAUGACCUACCUAGACAUGGUAUUUAAAGAGACCACCAGGAAGUACCCUCCGGUGCCGAUGUUCAACAGGAUGUGUACGUCGGAUUACAAAGUGCCGGGCUCGAGUAUGGUAAUAGAAAAAGGCACGACGGUGUUCGUGUCGACGCUGGGCAUUCACAACGAUCCGGAGUAUUUUCCCGAGCCGGAGCUCUUCGAUCCGGAGCGAUUUUCCGAAGCGAACGUCCGCAAGAUUAAACCGGGCACUUUCAUGCCGUUCGCAGACGGCGGUCGCAGUUGCAUGGGACAAAAAUUCGGAACGAUGUCGGUCAAGGUGGCUCUGAUCAAGUCGCUGGAGCAUUACCGGGUUAGUUUGAGGGACGACAGUCAAAAUGUCAUGAAGUUCAACUCUCAGGCGUACAUUAUAUGUCCGGCAGACGAUAAAGUGAUUUUGAAAUUCGAAAAGUUAUAAUUUGAUUAAAUUGUUCAAUUCAUUACGCAGU